AUGCCUUCUAGACCCUCCGAAACUCGCUCUCGGCAGAAAUCGUGCGUCGCAUGUGCGGAAGGAAAGAGGCGCUGUAAUCGCCAAACUCCGCAGUGCUCUCGCUGUGUCGGUCGGGGGCUGAAAUGCACUUACGUCAACGAAUUGUAUGCAAAGAAGCACCAAAACAACGUAUUUGCGGACGUGCAGCCAAUAGAAUCUGAGCUAUACCAUAACUUUGAGGACAUUAUAUCAUCGUGGUCUCCGAAUAGCGACUUCUUUAUCGAUGCUUCAAGCGCCACAGCUUCCCAGCAUACUGAAAGCCCUCCCCUCAUUACUUCUCCAUCACUAUUUCCAGCCAUCUUCUUCCCAGACAAAGUCUCUCCUGAUAAAUGGUCAUUGAAACUGUGUCUGCGAAUUAUCAAAUCCUUCCCACGGACGUUCGUACUGUCGAGACGAACGCCCUUCAUCCAUCAACGUUUGUACGAGACUUAUUUACCCAACGCCAUCCAAGAUGCCUUCGCAGUCUCCGCAGCCUAUUGUACAAAGACAGCAGAGACUGAGGAUAUGGCACUACGUGUUCUAGAAGCCAAGACUGCGAGCCUCGUGGAGCAAGUCCACCAGAAAACUUCUCUAGAAGAACUGCUCGCAUCCGUCCAAGCAUUGAUGUUUUUCCAUAUCAUUCAACUAUUCGACGGUGAUAUACGUCAACGAUCAAUAGCGGAGCGCAACAUGGAUACACUGCGAGCAUGGACUACUCGACUCCAAGUUCAAGCCGAAAGCCUGAGUCAAACGGCUUCCUGGCAGGAAUGGAUCUUCGCGGAAAGCAUCCGCAGAACUGUCAUCUUUUCCGGAUUGAUCGAUAGCUUAUACUCGUCGUUGAAACAUGGUUAUUGCGCGAAUGUCAAAGAACUGAGCAUGAUGCCAUUUACACCAAAAUCUGAGUUAUGGACCACUACAACAAGCGCAGCGUUUUUUGCCGAGUCCAGUCAGCCGGGAUCUGACAUGGUUCUAUAUGGAGACUUUUCAAUGGCCUGGGAAAAUGGUCGGGUAUUGGGAGAACUGGACGAUUUCCAGAAGCUGUUACUUAUUCCUUGUGUCGGCGAGAGGUAUAAAGAUGCGCUAGAGCUUGAGAAUCAAUCAUAG